AUGAAAAUAAUUGCAGUAGUGUGUGCAGUUAUUGGCUGUUUGAAAAUAGUAUCUUGUGAUCUUGUAAAGGAAAGCGGUAAGCCAACAUUAGAGAAGGCCCAUAUCGAAAAGGAAACCCAAGGAGGCGUGCAUGUGGGAGAAGACAAAACAGAGUUUAGCACUCAUGAGCAUGAGGAUGCGGCACAUGAUAAUGCAGAUGUCUCAGAGAGUAUGCAUGGGUCAACAAUAAACAAGCUGCUUGAGGAUCUAGCCAGGACAGAAGCAGAGAAGCGAAUCAAGAAGCUAAUUAGCUCAGGAAAUGUAAAGAUGGAAGAGAGCGAGGUGCAGAAAGCAGUCGAUGAGAUUGCCCAGCAAAUACUUGAGGAAGUAAAGGAAGGGAAAAAAGAUGGAAAAGAGACACUCGAUGAGACAAUGGAGAAGCUCGCCCAAAAGGAAGAGGAAGCAGAGCCUGCAGCAAAGAUUGAAGGGGAGUGCAUUCUCUUCUCGCAGAUUGAGCUUUCUGCUGAAGUAACCGAGCAGAUUAACAGCGGACUGAAGGUUUCUUUCCAGAAGAGCACAGACGAGGAGGCUGCAAAGGCUCUUGGAGUCACUAUGCCAGGUCUAUACUACAAGUCAGACGAAGGCGAGUAUGUUUUCAACCUCUCAGAGGAGGAGAACACUUCAGAGAACAUUGCCACCAAGAUAUCCAAGUCACAGGACAUUGCCCGUGUUCCUGUCUUUGGAGAGCUCUACAGAGAAAACUCACAUCUGUACGAGAAUCUCUCAGUGCCUAUUGUGUACUUUGUAGCAAAGAAGCCAGACUUUGAUAACUACAAGUGGGCUGCCCCAAUUGCAGAGUCACUUAAGAGCCACCUCAAGAUAGCCAUGCUUGACUACAUAACCACAGAGUUCUUCUUGAACAUUUCUGGAGUAAACGGAUCCAUGCUUCCUGCUCUCUUCAUCAUUGUUCCAAAGGACCAGAGACUACACAAGUAUCUUCUUACUAACGUAGAGAACGACAAGAGAACUGAGGAGUUCCUGCAGCAGUGCGCAUACGACAUAAGCAGUGUUGAGCCAUACCUCAUGGGAGAGCCAAGGCCCUCUGAGGAAAACAUGGCCAAUGAGGCAGGUGUUGUAAACAUUGUUGCAUGCACUUUCAAUGAAAUUGCACUUAACCCAAAGGUGGACACAUUAGUUGUAUACUACGCUGAGUGGUGCAGCUUCUGUAAGAACCUUCUUCCUGGACUGGACAAAAUAGCUGCUGCUCUGAAGAAAGCUUCAAGCGAUGUAGUCAUUAGCAGAAUGCUCAUGUCCAAGAACGAUGUUCCACUGCAGAAGGAGGUUGAGCCAAUCCAGGCAUACCCAACCAUAAGAAUAUACCAGAAAGAAACCAACAAGGAAAUUGAGUUUGAGAUUCAGGACAAGCCAGCAGAUGCAGAGAGCGUUUUGGCAUUCCUAAAAGCCCACACAAACAUUCCUGCUGAUCUGACACUCGAAGACUCUGCUGAGACUGAGAAGAAGGCAGCGCCAACUCCAGAGGCACAGAUCCCACAGGAGGUUAAGGUGGACCUAUAA